AUGUAUAAUGAAGAAAGCUUGCCAACUAUUAAUAAUAAUCAUCAAUCAAAAGAAUGUACUUUAGGUUUUAUUCCUCAAGAUCAAACGAAUAUAAAUUUGUUAAACUUUUAUAAUAAUUCGUCCAUUGAAUGGUGUGCUGGCUUUACUCAAGCUUAUGAAGAUCAAAUCAAUAAUAGCUUUAGCCAAGAUCAAACUAUAGAAUUGUCUACGGACAUUACCAAUAAUAAUCCGUUUAUGGAAUGGAAUGAAAAUAUCAUUCAGACUAAUACAAGAUUGUUAAAUAUUAAUAAUCCAAUUAUGGAAUUGUUUGCAGGCAUUACUCGGAAUGAUGAGAAUCAAAUUAAUCAUAAUCUAUCAACGGAAUGGACCACAUGCUUUACUCAAGAUCAAACUAAUUCAAGUUUACUUAAUAUUUAUAAUACAGGAAUUACUCAACAUUAUGAAGGACAAGUCAAUAAUUUACACCAACAAUUUGAUGUAAAAUCAGUUAAAAAGAAUGAACAUCCAUUUUCACUUGUCUCUAAAC